UUCCACGAAACAAACGCCUUUAUCGCGUGUUCAUCCAUCCACUUUCCUUUCCUUUCCUUUCAUCUUCCUUUUCCUCUGCACGAAUCCUUUCCUCCAAUCUUUCAACCUUUCCGCCAUGUCCAUGGACCUUGAAUUCCCUGAAAAUCUCCCUAAAAUCCGCCUUCCUUUACAGGUUCGAUCGCCUCCCAAGCCUUCAAAUUCCAUCAACAUCCCUUCCUCCGUCUCCGAUCACGACGGCGCCGACCUUGACCACCGCGGCUGCCGGACGCCGACCUCUGCCGAGCACAAGAUUCCGAAGAUCAUCAGCUGUCCUGGAGCGCCGAGGAAGCCGAAGCGCCCUCCCGUACCUUGCAAGAGGAAGUUGACCAUGGAGCUCAAAUUCUUUGAGUUCGUGAAUCAAGAAGAAGUCGAUAAUUUCUUCCGAUCCGCUUACGAUCUCGAAGCUUCUUCCGCGGCGCCGCCGAAGAGGAGCUGCUGCCGGUCAGCCUGAUAAUCCAGAUUGUCGGUUUGAGCCCUAAAUUACUACACCGAUUAUAGAAAAUCAAUUUUUCUUUAAUUCUUUUCUUUUCUUUCUUUUUUUUUCCCCCCUUUCCUUUCCCUCCGAUAGCGAGUCAGCUCUUGAUGUGUAUUAUUAUUACACGUACAUACCACAUGGAAUCGAAUCGAAUCGAAUGCAAGUCCUCUUUGCAUCAUCAUCGGAGAUAGAUAAUCGUAUUUCCCGAAACAAACAGAACAUUCCGCA